UCUUAAUUUGUUCCCUGAUAAAUUUGAAGUAUUAUAUUGUUUUGCAGUUGUAUGUCGCUUUGGACAAAAGCGUAAUAUAACCAUAACCAUAUGAGGAGCUACAUUAUCUAAAGAGUCAAUAUGGACAAUGGAAUCUGAAAAUUCCAUCGAAUUAUGCAUUUGACUGGUAACAAUAGUCAUGCAUCAGACCAUUCCAUUUAGGGUCACAAAGGUGGCUAGGCAACAUCAUGAUGUCAUAGAACAUAGUACAGGGUAAACUGGAUUUUUUGUUCACUAUUUCUUGAGUUGGUGUAGAAGUUGGCUGGUUUUAGAUUUUGUGGUAAUUUCAUGUUUGGAUUUUAAUUUCUGGCAGUCUGAUUUUAAUGUGGUUCUGUUGGUUUUUGGCCUGCUGCCUGGCAGCAUGGCAGGAUGACCACGGUUCGGACACAACAAUUAAGAAACGUGUCAAAAAAUACAAACUGGAGGACCUAAAGAGAGAACUGAAGGCUUUGGGGGUUAAUGUUGACAUGGAUGAAAAUCAGAAGAAUCCCAAAAAGAAGACCAAAAAAGAACUUCAAAAGCUCCUGAUAAGGGAACUGAAGUUGGUUGAAAAUGGCAGAAUCAGACUGGAAAAGAGGGCAAGGGAGAGAACAGAGGGAUUAACUCUGCCCAUGGAGAUCCCUGAAGACGUUGUAAUUGUUCUUAAUGACCUAGACACAUACUUGGACCAACAAUUAGAAGAAUCAGAGAUAAAUGAACAGAGGGAAGAUGAUGUACAGCUUGUGAUGAAAAACCUUCUGGAUCAAGUUGAAAUGAACAGUGCAGGCAGAAAAGAGGUUGAGAUCACUGAACGGCAGAGGGAAGAAGGUGUAAAAGUUGAGCUUGACAGUCUCCUGGACAAAGUGGAUUCAACUCUGACUUCAGAAGGAUUGAAAGAAGGAGAAAAGGUGAGCGUGUUGAGGCCAGAGGCUGGAGAUGGAAAGAAGGCCGAGCUGGAAGCCCAUUUCUGGGUUGCCAGAGGGAACCACAAAGACUCCAUCCCAAUGAAGAGGUUUCGAGUGGCACGCAACAGCAGCAGACGGCUGACCUUGUGAAGGUUGAAAACCAUCAAUAAAACCAAUACCAGAAAUCA